AUGUUGUGGAAGUCCGAGCUCGACAAUCGACUGAAGUUCGACGUUAAAACCGUGAAUGAAGCUCGUCCUCCACAGGAAUUCAAAGACGUUGGUUUGCGGCGAACGCCGGCCCUUCAGAUUGACGAUGAAACCGCGUUCUCCGUCGAAGACGAGAUUGUCGAAGAACUUGACCGAUACGGUCCUCCUCGCAGUAGGUCAUCCGAAGCGGAGAAUGUCACCGCCGAUCUCUUCAGGGUCUUUGCUUUCUUCAUAAAGGGCGUGGAAAAAGAACCAAAGGCCCUGCUCGGAGAGCUGCAGCGAAUCGACGACUAUCUUCAAACGACUGAAUCCCGCUUCCUGAAUGGUGAAGAACCUUCUCACAUUGACUGCAUUGUUCUACCUCGAUUACACUCCAUCAGAAUCGCAGCUAAGGCAUUAAAGGAUUUUGAUAUACCCGAAGAGUUAAGCUCAUUAUGGACGUACAUGAAAAACGGCUACCAGCUCAAAUCUUUCACCACAAGCUGCGCUCCUGAUCAGGAGAUCAUUCUUUACUGGUCGGAUCGACCCGAUACUCAAGGUCUACCGUCUGCGAAGAGAGCUCAUCUAGCACGUCAACCACCAACCGUUUACGCAUACUAUACCUGCGGAAGGUGGCUGCAUCAUCUUGAAAAUGAAGUCACCUAA